AAUGAGAAAAUAAUCAACUUGAACGUCAGCCACAACUGCUUCUCUCAGAACAGUGCAUCUAUGUUUAGUCAAGCCUUCGGUUCCAACAACUCCAUCGAAUAUCUCGACCUAAGUUGGAAUCAGUUCAGCAAACGAGAAGCAGCCAUUUUGUUCCACGGCUUUAAGAAAAAUUACUGCCUCACAUCAAUCAACAUGUCUUGGAAUGGUAUCGGUGUUGAGGAGUGUUCGGCUCUGAGCGACGCGUUGAGAGGCAACAAGUACCUGAGAGAACUUGAUGUAAGCCACAAUCACAUCAACUGGGACGGAGCCCUACAAAUUUCAAAGGGACUAAAAGAGAAUGAUACUUUAGAAAUUCUUUACGUAUGUUAUUGA